AUAAAUACAAGCUCACAGCUCAUCGACAUCAUAAGUCACUUCUUCAACUCAGUGAUCGCUUUAUAUAAACCUUCUUCUAUGAACCAGAGCAGCACAGUUAAUAGAAACACGAUACAUUAACAGACGUUGCGCAGCAUAACAAUAUUAUUUCAACAAACACAGAAAAAUAUACCAAGUCACAACUACCAUUACUUGCUCAGAAGAAGCCGAUAUAUACGAAUAUCUUCACAUAUUUAUAAAAAUUUACAUUCAUUGAGCAUCCAGACGAGUCAACCAAAGUUUUGACGAAAGAACUUCGUGAAUCCUUAUUACUUUAUCUUCUCUACAAUCCACGGCGUCAGCUAUAAUUAUCAAUAAUAGCAUAAUCAUGUAUAUUCAACGGUUUCUUGUUACUCUUUUAUUCUCAACUUUGAUGUUCCAGAGCAGCUUCUCCGCAUCAGUUCCUUACAAGAAUGUCAAGGACUUAGAAAAUGACAGUUACGUGAACAAUAACCCAGGAAAUUCUGCUUGUCCAGGAGGGAAAGCGAGUGAUGUGAUGAUAUAUUUGGAUCUUUCAAAGUAUUUGACCAAGGAGGAAUUUAAUGUUCAACUCCAACGAGCAGAGCACAUGGUUAGACUGUUCCGCAAUUUCAAGACAAACGAUAGGAAAUACAACCGGAUUUCAAUCUUUGCUGUUUCUGAAAAUCGAGUUCACACAAUUGUAAAAUUCAAGAAAAACGGCAAAAUUGGGACCAUGUACACUGAGGAACUCGCAAACACCAUACGUAAACUUCACAAAAACCGUGAAUAUGACAAUACAAUAACAUCUCAUAAAAGACAUGAAAUCCAUGCUCUGAGGCAUUUAUGGAAAAUCUCUCAUAAAUUGCGUCGCCAUGUAGCUCAUGUGGCCUUUUAUUUCUCAGCUGAUGACUCCGUGAGUAAAACUGAUUUGAAACGUGCCCAUAAGAUAAAGAAACGAGGAAUAUAUUUAUACAUCUUGCGACUUCGUGCCAGUAGAAUAAGAUUUGAUGAGUACAAGGCUAUGGUUUCAUCACCAGUUACAGAUUUUGUCUUUGAGGCUAAGGAUCAUAGUAAAAUCGAUUCUUCAGUGAAGAAAUUGUUGAACAUGGAACAUUGCAACAUGCAAGUCUUUCCUGGAUAUACUGUACCAAAACCAAUUUGUGAAGCACGACGACCAGUGAACCUUUACCUGGGUGUUGAACGUAACAGUCUUCAGAGCUUAUAUAAUUCGAGUAUUUUUAAAUUUUAUAAAUUACUGAAAUUAGAAAUCAAGAACACCAAUGCUAAUAAGAUUCAGACCCAACUAAUCUUUAGUGAGUUUUCAAACAAAAAAGAAAAUAUCAGCGAGGCAUUCAUCGAGAUCUUCGGAAAAACAAUGAAAGCAGCAAUUAACAAUGCUAAUAAAGACUCUCAAAAGACUUUGCUGUUGUUUGUCAGUUCCACCACUCCUUUAACAUCAGAAAUGAUCAAAGAAGCUGCUAUUCUGAAGAAUCAAAAAAUUGAGGUUUAUGUUGUUGUAGAAGGUAAAAGUGAAACAGACUUUUCAAAGAUUGCUAGUAAACCAGCUGAAGAUCACCUCUUCAUUGUGCCUUAUUUCAAGAAGUUGAGUGGCCACAAGGAUACAAUAUUAAAGUCAAUUUGUAAAGGUUGGUGAAAUGAUUGGCUUCUAGAUAAGAAUGAGAAAAAAACCUAUAUAAACACAUAACAUUCAUGUGGUUUGAGUUCUUUAAUUUAAGAGGAAAACUUGGAAAUUCCAACUGGCUAAAAAGGGAAACUAUAUUGUAAACUACCAUCAACCAACCAGCCUAAAAAAUGAUGGAAAACAAGAAGUAUCAAGUAAAAACAGGUUUGACUGAGAACUACUGAUGAAGCUUGAUUAUUAAGAAGUUAAUGAAUGAACAUUUUAUUCUGGGGAUGACAAGGAAAAUUUUAUCUCUCUUUCUUUCUCUCUCUCUCUUUUUUUUUUUUUUUUUUGAGAAAUUUCUACAUAUUUCCUUAUAAUACUAUUCAGAGGGUUCCAGAUGCUUCCAUAUGAAUUAUCUGAAAAUAUUUCAUCAAAAAGUAUUAUCUUCCUAAAUGAAUAAUUAAAAAAAAAAUGAAAAGGACAUACAUUCACACUCACAUAUAUACAUACAUAAACACACACAUCCAUAUACACAUCCAUGUAAAAAAAACAAUGACAAACCUCAAACUUCCAGAAAGCCUAAAAUUGAAUAAUUUAUAGAUUAAAGUAAAUGGAAAGCUGAGCUUCAGAGAAGUUUAAAGAUGGUGCAAUAUUAAUACAGACAAACCGAAUGAAAAUGAAGAGAACAGAAAUGAUCAAAUAAUGAACAUUUGUGGAUAAGGAAACAGAAUUACAAUGAAAUGAAAGCAUUAAAAAUAUAUAUAUACAAAACAAAAAAGAAAUGACAACUGCAUCUGUGAUACAGGUUCUUCUUCUCCUUUUUCUCCUGUUCCUCAUCCCUUAACCCUUAACCCCUAAAUGUAAGUCAGAUAUGUGAAAGCCAAAUCAGUUAUCUAGUCCCUUCACUACUGAUAAACCAAAAUGAUCCUUCAUCUCCUUAUUUACCAUUAUUUACCAUUUACUGUUUCUUUGCUCAGACUUUAGGAGAUGAUCAAGACCCAAGACUAUCAGAGAUGCAAAUCUGCCCAAUUUUUGGAUUUUUGAAAAUUUCUUAUUGUUUUCAUUUUCUCUCAUCCCAAAUUGGAGAAUACUAAACACAACUGCCCACAACUCCAAAGAACCCUUACUUUAUUACAGGUUAUAUUGAUGAAGGGUUUAUAUUUAUAUACACUAAUUGAAACAAAGAACAGCAAAGCAUUUUCUAAAAUAACUCGUUUGAAUUUCAAUAAAAUGUCUACAAUUUGCGAAAAAAAAAGCUAAAAAAAAAAU